CRCAACACUGUUGCUCUUCUAUAGAGUCUCUAUUGUCCCUGGAGAAUUCAAUGGCGCUGUUUGAUGAUCAGAACAAUCUCUGUCUGGUGCCCAUGAYGUGCCUCGACAACGGGAACGCGACCGAGCACAGAAUCGAAAUCACAACGGAAUUAGAAGUACGAAAUCCUGAUGAUGAUCAUUUGCUAGUUUCCGCAGAUGUGGUUCGCGAUGAUGACAGMGAUUACAAGGKCUUGCAUAGUAAUKCAGAAGUGGAGGAGAUUGAAGUCAUCGAUGAAGAUGAGUGCACCCGAACGAGAGAAGCCAGUAACAGUGGUGAUCACGCUGCAGACGAAACGCAGUCRAGGAUCAUCGAUGGAAGUAUCAGUAGUKGUCCAAUUGUAACAUUCUCCACGCUUUUCGAUGAUACCUUACAAGGUCCAGAAUCAGAAGUAGAUAAUGAAACAGAAGCUCGCCAAAAACUCGCAGAAAAACACAGAGUAAAAUCACAAGCUAUAACGAAUAGGACCACCRGAAUCGAUACAGAUAGCUGCAGUUACAGAAGCGUCGGACGUGGCGUCAGUUUUGGGACGGUACAAGUUCACGUUCAUGAAAUARAAUUGGGCGGUUCCUCCGUGCCUGCGUAUGGUCCAUCGCUGGGCUUGGGAUGGACAUGCCUUUCAUCCCAAAUUUAUGAAUCCGUGGAGGCCCACCAUGAAGAAAUACAGAGACAUGGUGGAUCUCGGACUCGUCGCGAAUUGAUGCAGUCCUCAGAAGAGCGAAUUGAUAUGUAAGUGAAAGACUCAAAUCUAAAAAUUUCUGRGCUAUUAUGUUGCUUUCGCUUCGCGGUCAGGUUUGAUGUUGAUGAGUCGAUUGACAAAUUUGUAAAUUUCGAUCGUACCUUAUUGUAAAGCUCACGUUGUCAAACCUUUCGUUGCAAACAGACUUCUCGCGUUCGGAUACAGUAUGCGAGAAAUUAGAUCAUCUACCCGCGAGUGCGGCAUUGUGCGGUCCAAGCGCCUUCGAUCCAGAAGAUAUGCUUGCAGGAAUCGCUUCCUACUUGGUUGUAAUAAAUAGUGACUGUGCUAUUCAUUAGAGCUUGAGACCGUUCUCCAUUGAUUUCUUCCUACCCUAUUGCACCGUUAACUUGACGGAGCGCAGAAAACCAACAACUUGUUCAACUGUGACAUCACUGGUGCAAAACCUAUAUCCGUGCAUAGGGAAAAAAMCAUACACUUUACU